UUAAAAUAAGAAAAAAAUUAUUUGUGAAACUAAAUUGACUUUCGAACCACUUCAACCGAAAAGCAUCAACCUGGAGCCUUAUAAGCGUUACUCCGACAUCAACAGCAUGAUGGCCACAUCACAAGAUUUCUUCGGAAAUCCUUAUGCAAUAUUUCGUGGUCCACCUACGACAAUGCGGUCGCAUGAAAGUCCUUUGAAUACUUUUGCGCUCGACCUACAAACUGCAAAUAAAUGCAGUAAUGUGGUGGACACGCCAACAGUGGUGCGUCCACCACCGCCGCCACCACCACCACCACCAACGCAAACAUCGUCGCCGAGGUAAGGUUUUUUCAAGCAACAACGUACAUUAGAAAGUCGGUCAACAAUAUCUAAAGACCGCUAAUAUGAUGAAAGCCAAAACAAAGAGAAAGAUAGAAAGAAAGAAAGUUUUUAUGUGAAAGCAAAA